AUGGUCGUAAGCUCGCCAGUGGGCUUCGAGCUCCUUGGCUGCUUCAACGUAUCGGCCACAUUCGAGCGCGAGGGGCAGCGUAUCGGCCAGCCGAAGAGCCACGUCGCCGUCGUCAGCAUCCCGCGGAGCCGCGUUCCAGCCGGAGGCGGCCCGAUAAGUUUAUCCAGCCCCAGCCCUGGCUCUGGAGAUAGUAUCGAGGAUGCUGUUGACGGGGCGACGGUUGAUGAUGGCGGAGGCACGGCAAUGGCGCUGCUGUUCGUCGCGAAAGCGGGGUUCACGAACGCCGUUGCUGCCGCGGGAACCGCCUUCGCCAUCAAUGACAUGGGGAGGUUCCGAAUGAAAUUCAUUCACGAGGGGAAGUUCUCGUUCGAGGUGCGCGGCGAAGGGCCCGGCGGGAACACGCUGGUGCUGUGCAGCGUGAGUCACGGGCAGCUUCCGCAGGACGUGCGGCGGCUGGCGCAGUUCAUUUCUGAUAUCAAGAUCGGCAAGGCGCCCGGCAUGCCGCACAAAUGCGUCGCGUGCGGCUUGAAGGAUAAGGCGGAGGUGGACAAGAAGCGCAAGCAGGAGGAGGCGGUGAAGGAGCGGGAGGUGAAGAGGCAGCGCAUGGAGGAGGAAAAGAAGGUCAAAGACGAGCAGAAAAAGCGCGAAAAGGAGGAGCGUGAGGCGCGGCAGAAGCAGGAGCGCGCUAUGAAAGAGCUACAGAAGAAACUCAAGGAGGUGGAGAAAGACAGAGACGACAUGGAUCGAAUACGCGAGGCGCUCGGCAAGGAGCUCAAAGAGCGCGGCGAGAUUAUCCGAGACCUGCAGGAGAAGCUGAAGGAGAAAGCGGCGGCUGCUGUAAAGGAGGCGGAGAAGCGACGCGAGGAGGAGUCGCGACGCGCGCGGGAAGAGAGCGCGGCGAGAGACGCGGCGUGGAGGGUGAAGGAGGCGGAGAUACGGCGGGCGAUGGAGGAGGAGUUCCGCGUGAAGCGGGAGGAGGAGCAGCGCGUGCGGCACGCGGCGGAGAUGCAGCGGUGGGCGCGGGAGCAGCAGAAGGCGAAGGAGGUGGAGGAGCUGCGGCGGAAGCUGCAGGAGGAGGAGGGGAAGCGGAUGUUCGAGGCCAUGUCGCACCGGGAAGAGAUGGCGAAGAUGAAAGCGGAGGUGGAACGCAUGCAGCAGCACUACCAGCAGCACCAGCAGGGGCAAAACCAGCAGGCGGAUGCAUUUGGUCCCCCGCCUCCGCCUCCCCCGAAGGAUGCGCCCGCGGAGGUACUCUCGCGGUACAGCACCCUGCUGCGCGAGCGCGAGGCGCGCAUGAGCGCGGCGUUCGCGGCGGCGGCGGCGGAGAUUCGACGCGCGGAGGGGGAGCUGCGGAAGAAGCGCACGGAGGAGGAGCGACGGCGGAAGGCGGAGGAGGCGCGGCGGGGCAAGGCGGAGAGCGCAAGGCAGAAGCGGGAAGAGGCGAUGAACGCGGAGAGGAUGAGGGAGGAGGAGGAGAGGAAGCGUGCGCAAGCGGAGGAGAUGAGGAAGCGGGAGGAGGAGAGGAAGCGGAUGGAGGAGGCGGAGAAGGCGAGGAGGGCGCAGGAGGAGGUGCGGCGGAAGGCCAUGGCAGAGGAGAGCGCUCUAGCUGCGAAGCAAAAGUGGCUGGAGGAUCAGUACCGCAUGCGACAAGCAGCCACGCCCAUGACCUACGAGCAAUACGAGAACCGGCUGAGACAGAUCAAGAACUCAGCCGGCAGCGCCAACGUGCCUCUGCACUUCUGGGACAUCCCCUGGCCGCCCGAGGGCAACUGCCUCUUCCUCUCGCCCACCGACGACCCUGGGCUCAAGAAGAGGAAGUUCAAGGAUGCGCUGCUCUUCUGGCAUGCUGAUAAGUUCGUGGCUUUCUGCGGGUCUCGGCUAGUGGAGGAUCACAAGGAGGUGAUUCUGAAAAAGGUUGCCCGGUUGAGUCAAGAGGUUGUGGAGGCAAGGAAUAACUUGUGA